AUGCAAGCCGCAGCACACCGCAUCAUUCGUGUCGGGGCGCAGGCUUCAAAGACGGUGAGAAUUACGCAGAGGGAUGUUGUCCUUUUUGGGAACCUUGUUCAAGACCAUAACCCCAUUCACAGCGACGCGGCCGCCGCGAAGGCAGCCGGAUUCCCCUCCCCCAUAUGCCAUGGUAUGCUGGCCGGCUCUCUCUUUUCUGGCCUGAUGGCGACGGAACUCCCAGGCCCCAACACAGUGUACCUCUCGCAGACCCUGCGCUUCCUGGCACCCAUCUUUGUUGGUGAUGAGCUGGAGGUGAUUGCCAAGGUUACCCAGUUCCGCCGCAGCACGGGGCUCAUUGAGAUGUCGACCAUCAUACAGAAGGCAAACCCGACGAACUUGGGCACGAAGAUCACCUGCAUUGAGGGGUUCUCUGUAGGGAUGAACAAGCUCGUGGAGUUUGAAGGGGAGAGCGAGUGGACGUGUCGGCUGUAG